CUUCCUCGGUUCCUCUUGUAAAACCCCAAACCUAACCCUCCGUGAACAGCUCGACAGCGGAGCACAUCCCCGCCGACCCCUCCCUUCCUCCGCCCUCCACUCGCCGACGCGACGCCGCUCUGCUCCCCACCCGGGCGCGGACUGGCCGAUUCCUUCCUCCUUCGUUAGCUAAAUCAUGAGGCAACAGGCUGGUAAACGCACCCACCAACACAGGGACUAUGACAGAGACGAAAGGAAUUACCAAAAGAAGAGGCCAUUUGCCCAUGCCCAGGAAAGCUCUAAUAAUGAUGAAUUGGUUGUUUACCGUAUACUCUGUCCGGACAGUGUGAUUGGUAGUGUAAUAGGAAAGAAUGGCAAUGUAAUAAAUGCUAUUCGGCAACAGACAAAUGCCAAAGUCAAGGUUGUUGACCCUUACCCCGGUUCAGACAAAAGGAUUAUCUUGGUAUAUUGCUAUGUCAAACAUAGAGACCUGGAUGCUAAUGAGGGUGAUGACAGUGAGCCUGUUUGCGCAGCUCAAGAUGCAUUACUUAGGGUGCAGAAUGCAAUUGUUGAUGCACUAGAUACGUUAAGUAAGAAUCGUAGAGACUCUGAUAAGAAGAAUACCGAAGAAGCAAACAUCCUUGUACCAGCUAGUCAGGCUGCAAGUAUUAUUGGAAAAUCUGGUGUUGUCAUCAAAUAUCUUCGUUCAACUUCGAGAGCAUUCAUUAAAGUGAGCCCAAAAGAUCCAAAUGAUGUUACACACUCAUGUGCUAUGAGUUUUGAUAAUUUUGUUCAGAUAAUGGGUGGUGCUGAAGCUGUCAGAAAGGCACUGUUUGGAAUAUCAACCAUCAUCUACAAGUACCCAUCUAAAGAGAACAUUCCUCUUGAAACUUCUGUUUCUGAACUUACUUCAAGCAUUAUAGUUCCUUCAGAACUUCCUGUCUAUCCAGCUAGUAACUUCUACUCAGCCCCAGAUGCUGCUUCUGGACAUCCAAGUCUAUCCAUCUUAGGGUCAACACCUCAUGUACCUGAACUUACUCUGCCUGCUGAUGCUCAUGGCCGACUGCCUAUUUAUCAAUCUGUUCUUCCUAUUGUUCCUACUUAUAGUACCCCAAAAUGUUCAGGAGAGCUAGUAUUUCGUGUUUUAUGCCCUGGUGACAAGAUUGGGUUGGUUAUUGGUAGAGGUGGGGGGACCAUAAAGAGUAUAAGGCAAGAGAGUGGUGCAAGGAUAGAUGUUGAUGAUGCAAAGAAUGACAAGGAGGAAAGUAUAAUCACCAUUACAUCCACUGAGGCUACCGAUGAUGUUAAGUCUGAAGCUGUGGAAGCUGUUUUGCUGCUUCAGUCAAAGAUCAAUGAUUAUGAUGAAGAUAGAAUGAAUCUUCGCCUUCUUGUCCCAACUAAGGUUAUAGGCUGUCUUAUUGGCAAGGGUGGUUCAAUAGUCAAUGACAUGCGGAAGAAGACUAAGGCAGACAUCCGCAUAUCGAAGGGCAAUAAGCCCCAGAGGGCAUCUUCCAGUGAUGAGCUUGUUGAGGUAUUUGGAGAAGUGGACAAGCUGCGUGAUGCUCUUGUACAAAUAGUUUUAAGACUUAGAGAAGAUGUCCUGAAAGACAGGGUGGACAUCCAAAAUUCUGACAGGGAUGGCAAGCUAAAAGUUGCCACCAAUGAUUCCUUAUAUGGAAGCAGUCUUUCUUUGCCUGCACUAUUACCUUACAGCCAACAAAUCGCUCCCUUGGGCUAUGAUCAAAGGGGUGAAACUGAGCGAGGUCUGGAAGUAUUCCCUCGUAGCAGUUCGUAUGGGUAUAGCUCCUUUCAGGUUGCAGAUGAGGGCUAUGGAGGACUUCUGUCAUAUACAUCAAAGUCAUAUGAAGGACGUUUUCCACAUGUGGAAAUGACUAUUCCUGCUAGUGGCCUGUCAAAAGUAAUGGGGAAACGUGGCACAAACUUGGACAAUAUUAUAAAGAUUUCUGGAGCUCACAUUGACAUUACUGAAUCAAAAUCAUCUCGUCAUGACCAUGUUGCUCACAUAUCUGGCACCUCUGAGCAGAGGCAAUCAGCUGAGAAUUUGAUCAAAGCUUUCAUAAUGUCUACUUAAGAUUCUGUCUGCAGUUUGAGAAGGCUGUAGCUUAUCUCUUCAAUCUGUCUCUUUUGACUUCUCCUGCCAUCCAUAAUUUCCCUUGGUUUGUGGAGAACAUCAAAUGCAGUGUUUCCUCUAUCUGUCCAAGUAUCAUGCUUCCCUGAGGGGGAUGUACUCCAGUAGUGGACAAAGCACUCUAUGUUCCUUAGAUUCUCAACCGUUACCUGCUUGUGUUGGCUUGUUCGUCAGAAUUCGCAUGUCUUACUCCUCGUAAAUCUCAAUGACUGGUUCACUUGUUGCUUAUCAUAUAUCUUGCAAUUUUGUCCUACCAAUACUGAUAGUUGAUUCCUUCCACCAUUAAAAGUAGAGGGGCCUAUUCCCCAAUCUCAUUGUCUGAUUCACUUGCUGCUUAGACAGCUCUUAUAAUUUCUUCCUGUCAGACUGCUAGCUGAUUCCUUCCUUUAUUACUACUAAUAAGGGCCUUGGCAUAUCUCUUUGGAAUGUGUGAAUGACCUGUUUCGUGUAAAGUUAGUUCAAAAUUCCUUGAAAUUCAUGUGUUCCGAACAUCCUCUAAGGUGGGUUAGUUCCCAGUGAAUCUCAUUGGCUGAUUCACUUGCUGAUCAGUGUAAUUCUUGUAGUUCUCCCCUGCCAAUGCAGCUAUCUGACCUGUUCUUUCGGUACCAGAGAGGGGUUUUGUUCCCGGUCAAUCUGACUGUUUCACCCAUUGCUUGCUUCAGCUCUUAUAUUUUUGUCGUGUCAAUAUUCAACUUGAUUCUUUCAUCAUUGGUUCUGAAGAGUGGCUCUUUUUUUCUACUGUUAAUUCUGCUGAGGAGCCAUAUAUUAAAGAAGUUAGUUGAAAACUCGCACCACUGUGAUAGAUCUUACAGAAGCAACCUUGUACAUAAUAUUAGUCAAGUUCUUGGAACACAACAUGCAGAUCAAUUUUUUGGGUGCUCUGCAUUUUGUUUGUGAUCAUCGAUGGUGGGUGUUCUAGAGAACAAUGCUAACAUUCCGACUCUCAGAAAAACUGUCAUCUCAACACCCCCCUACCUAAAUAAAAUUCACCUCAUCCUUUUCCACUUGUGUAACUACCCUUUUAUUGACUCUUACAAUGACCCUAGAACUCAUAAAUCCACUUCAUCCUUUCCACCUGCGUAACUACCCUUUUAUCCACAAAUUUACAAUGACCCUAGAACUCAGUAUAUUUUUGUAGCUACGGCUCCUUUUUGUUCAAUUCUUUGUUUCAUCUCUCCAUCCAUUGUCGCACCUACUGCAGUUGCACCUUAGACAUGUUUUGUAAUAAUAAUUAUGGCACCAUCAAGUGUAAUUGGUUGCAAUGUGUCAUAAUCACUGUUCGUACAAAUUUGUAGUUUUUUCGCGAGUUAGUCUAGUCUAGUUAGCUAGGGCUGUGACAGUUGAUGUGGUAGCUCUGAUGGGACAUCUGCAUAAAUAAUGAGCCUGAUAUGUUGAAAUUUUGUAGCAAUCUUAUUUUCAAUGAUAAUUACUGCUUUGUGUGGUGA